AUGGCCGAUGAAUUAGCGCUUCUUGAAUUAGUCAAGUACAUGGAAGAAUAUAUUAUUACUUAUGAGCGGGAUUGGAUUCAAGAAAAUCUUGCAAAAAUAUUCUCCACCGCAUCCAAAUACGAAAAAUUUACUAGACUUUGGAAACAAUUUUGUGGAGAAUUAUUAGCACAACGACCAAAUGCACUUUUCACUUCCUCAUAUUUCCUUUCGUUAAAACGGUCAACCUUACUUACAUUUAUUAAACGCAAUGACUUGAAUAUUGAUGAAAGUGAAAUUUGGAAAAAUUUGAUCAAGUGGGCCUGCGAACAAACGCCAAAACUCUGUCACGAGGUUGAGCGAUUGACACAAGAUGAUUUUAAGGAAUUAGAAAGCCGAUUGAAAGAUUUUAUUCCAUUUAUUAGAUUUUUCAGUAUUACAAAGGAUCAGUACAUUUUAGGAGUUUUACCUUAUGAAAAUAUCCUUCCUGAUUCUUUGAGAAAUGAAUUAAAGAAAUUCUUUGAAUCGAAUGAGGAAAAAUCUCCACCUAAAAAUUUUUACGCUUUUAUUUGUUCUUUGGGCGGUGGUGACAAAAACUUUGGUAUCAUUUUAAGUCGAGCUAAAUAUAACGAAAUGUCAAUUCGUAAUGCACCGAAUUUGGCAAUUGGAUUUAUGGAUCUUGGAUGGUUUGAAGGAAGGUAUAAUCAUUUAUAUUUCGAAAAAAGAAUUAUGGAGAGUACUUAUAAGGAAUUUAUUCAAGACUAUGAAGUUUUUCAAGUUUGUAAAAAGAUUUUAUAA